AUGGCAGCCGACUGGAACGCCCUUGAUGCUAAAGGUAAGGAAGAAUACGUUCAGCUUGCUGAAGAUGAUAAGGCUCGCUACACACGCGAAUUGGAAGAAUACAAGUGGUUAGGUUCUGCCGAGAAUCCGUUAAGGGAAACAUUAACCUACCCUCCUAAAUCCUACGAUUUUAUGGUCGCGCAUAAGAAUUCGAAGAAGCUCGAGCGGGCGGAUGAUAAGAAGCGCCGCACCGCAGCCAAGGAGCAGGGGGCAGCAGGAGAAGCAGGCCAAGGCGAAGGAGAAACUCAAGGCGAAGCGCGCCGUGGUCCGCGACGUGGUGAAGCCUGUGCUCAAGAAGCUCGACUCAACGGAGACGGCGAUGGAGGAGUAGGCCUUGAAGAAGCUCAGCGUGCCCGAACUGAAGGCGUACAUUCAGUACCAGUUCGGCCUGCGGACCUUCAAGUCCACGGAGAAGAAGGGCGAGCUCGUCGCGAUGGCCUUGCCGCUCUGGGGCGAAGAAUCGGAAAUCGUCGAGUCGAGCUCGUCCGAGGAGGAGGAGGACGGCGCAUCCCCCGGCAGCGCCAGCAAGGCUCAGAGGAACAAGAACACGCCGGCGAGCGCCGGGCUCGCGGCAAGAGCGACAGCCGUGCAUGGGAUCCUGCCGAAGCGUUUCUCGAGCCCGAUUUGCCGUUGGACGAUGAGGGAGACGAGGAGGAAGAUGACGAUGAAGAAGAAGGCGACGACGAAGAAGACGACGACGACGACGAUGACGACGACGAGGAGGAAGACAAUAGACGCGAAGAAUUGCUGGAAAGGGCCGAUGCAGUUGGUGGUGUGUGGUAUGCGCAAGCCAACUUGUCAUCGAGAGUUAACACAUCGGAAGCGGCUUAUCGUUUGGCAGAGAGGGCCGGAGCGAUUAAUUUUGAUCACACUCCCACUUCUCAGAUUAUGGGUGAUCUCGCGUUCUUGGCCUCGACUUACCUUGCGCAAAGGUCAAAGCUAUCCGUCACUGUGACCGGUGUUCGUUCUAUCAGGAAGCUGCAACACACACUCUAUUACUCCAGUGAUCGCGUGCGCAACUUCGACAUUACCACCACAGCGGAAGAAGCCAUCCGGUGUGAUAUUAUUCUAAAGUGCACGGGGUACUGGAAGAACGAGGCCGUGAAAAAAUUGCUUGGAAGUAGCUCAAUAUACCCGAAUAACUCUGUACGGGACAAUCUGAUUUUCCAGGCAGAGGCGAUCCUUGACGACCCGGGAGGGUUUCAGACGCCAUUUGGAUCAAGCUACGUCGAAGCUGCUGCGUUUAGCGUGCUCGUUUUUGCAAGUGAUACUAAAUAUGAUAACGUGUCAAAGCUGGAUCUUGUGGAUGCCCCGGUCUCUCAGAUGACCUCCCAACUCAUGCGCACGCUCAAAGCAAGCAGCGCGUUAGCCGCAGCGGCAUACAGGCGCGUGAUUCACCGCAGUUUGAAUUACCACGAACGCUUCUUGCCCGAGCAGUUUCAAGCGGAAAACGCGCGCGAGUGGAAGCAUCUCUCUGCUCUCUCUUGGGCGGUGGGCCCACCGUUGAAUGACUUGAGCGAUGGGUACACACGACGAUCCAGCAAGAGGGUCCUAAAAGAGCAGAGACCACGACAGGAACAAAUCAUGGGAACAUCCUCGACGCCCUCGUGGCAUCCGCUUUGCAGCUCAUCGAUGCCGGCAGCAAUAGGCACUCUUCGAGGCCUGCAGACACUUCAAUUCGCUGUGUUGACAACUCCGACUCAUGUCCCUCGAGCUCGCUGGGACACAAACCAAUCUUCGAACAACGUCUCUGCAGAUUACGGCUCGUUCGUACUAGUCGGCAUCCUUAUCGAUGAUGGCAUCGACGUGGCAGUUUACGUAGGAAUGCUCACACAACCUGUGGAAGGCAUUGUGCGUUCAAACUCUGAGUAUGCGCCCACGUUCGCAAAUGUGUCGUCCGGACUGGCCCACGGGACCGGUACGGCCCUUGGGGACCCCAUCGAAGUUGGCGCCGCCAUCGGCAGCUUUCCUGAAGCGAUGGCCAUUGAGAGCUCGUCUCUCAAGGGAAACAUGGGCCAUUUGGAGUCUGCUGCGUCUGGGGGGGGAAUCUUGUCGUCGUUUUCGACUUCGCUGGGGAUCAGCUUGGCGGCACCCAAUUGUCAGCUCCGUGUCUUCAAUCCACACUUGGCUUCGCUUCUGAAGCGCGCUAACUUCUCGAUGCCCGUGGAAGAUUUAAUUUUGAUUCAGUGUGGUGAUUGCGCGACCGUGCGUGCUCUCUCGCAUGGAUCAGGUUCUCUAAUACACAACUUCUGCUGGAGGAGCAUACGAAAUACGCAGCUUGGCUUCGAAUAUCUCGGUGACUCAUGUGACUGGCACGCACGUUGCAGGAAUGAGAGAGCAACGAGCCGUGUCCGAGGCACGUCCCUUGUCUAG